UAUUCCUAAGUUUAUUUCUUGACUAAAUUAUAUUGUAAUAAUGGCAUAAGUCACCAAAAGUGUAGAUCUAAACAUGCCUUUCAGACGCUGUAUAGAGUUUAGACUAGGAGUAGAGAAAGUUUGUUGGCCUUUCGUCUGGCUGUAUGCCAGCAGACGUGUUUUAUUUAUGAACUGAGCUGAGCGACAGCGCAGCAGCAUGAGCGAGCUUGCAAGAUCGCCGGAGUUUGUGAGCUCGCUGUACCGUCAUCAGUGAUCAUUUCUUGGAGCUGCAGGCCAGGGCAAGAUUAUGUUUGAAUGUUCAUUUUUGAUGAUUCAAAUGAUCUAUUCUGUCUUCUUUGCUGGAGGCAGUAUAUGCGAACGUGGUCUUAUAGUUGAUUAGAACAUUAAGCUGAGAAAUGGAGAAAUUUGACUCCAAUGAUGGAGAAUCUAGUUCUGCGGAUCUGCAGGCGACGUUUGACAUCGAGAAGAAACCCUGUGAUGUGCGCCUCUCAGCCCAGUCGAUUACGUGGUGGGAGGCAUCCUCCACGCUGGGAAGGCAUCAUCAACUCCACAAUCACCAAUGUAUCCAGUUAAAUCGUAUCGUAGGGAUUCGACUGAAGGGACCAGAGAAGCCUUCCACACCUGAUGGAAGUCACAUCAUCACCUUGACUCAGAUGGGUCAACUCUUUCAGGUGUUCACACCAUCAACAGAUCAACCGUUAUUUAGCUUUACAGUAUAUGUUGGUAGGAGCAGUCGACACAUGAAAUGGAAAGUUCAAGCUGUCACAUUUUGCUCCCAUGACCAGGAGCUUUGUCUGAACUGGGUCGAUAGAAUAAAGACGACUCUCCAGCAAGGUAACAGCAGACCAAAGCGAUUGCAUGUAGUAGUGAAUCCAUUUGGGGGUAAAGGAAAAGGACAGUCGAUCUAUGAGAGUAAGGUUGCGCCUCUCUUCGACCUUGCUGAUAUCGAGACCAGUAUGACAAUCACCGAAGGCCCCGAUCAUGCCAAGUCUCUGAUGCAAAUGAUGGACUUAACUGGAAUCGAUGGUAUUGUAUCUGUUGGUGGAGAUGGUACGUUUGCUGAUAUUGUGAAUGGAUUGUUAAUAAGAACGCAGGAAAAGGAAGGGAUAGACCCCAACAACCCUGCGUCUGUACCGGUCCCUCUUGGUCUUAGAGUAGGCAUCAUACCAGCUGGUUCAACAGAUGUGAUGGCAUAUGAUACGACAGGAGUGAACGAUCCCGUCACAUCUGCAUUACAAAUCAUUCUAGGUUUCUCCCUCGGUCUGGAUGUGUGUUCCGUCCACCACAACAACUCUCUCUUAAGAUACACGGUCUCCUUCAUGGGUUAUGGCUUCCUGGGGGAUGUCCUGAAGGAAAGUGAAAAUUACAGGUGGAUGGGACCUGCUAGAUAUGAAUUUGCAGGAGUGAAGAAAUACCUCAGACAUCAAGCCUAUCUGGGAGAGGUUGCUUUCUUACCGUCAAAGGAUGAAGACAACACACCAUGGGAUAAAAGAGGGUGUAGGAUAGGGUGUGGGGUUUGCUCAAAGAGAAAAACACGAAAUCACCAUGAAGCCCGCAAGAAAUCUGAUUACAUUGAUCCCUCGGAUUCAUCAUCCAAGUGGAGACACGUUAGAGGGCACUUCACAGCUAUCAAUGCUGCUCUCGUGAGUGGGCGAUGCUCCAGGACUGUGACCGGUAUGUCUCCCGCUGCUCAUCUAGGAAACGGCUGCCUUGAUCUGGUUCUAGUAAGAAAAUGUUCAAGGUUUGACUACCUCAGACACAUGCUGAAGCUGGCUUCAUCGGGUAACCAUUUCAACUUUGACUUUGUGGAGGUGCACCGUGCCAAGGCCUUCAAGUUCCGAUCUCUCAACACCGAUCUUGAGCUGGCCAUGGCUGCCGAACCCUCGACCCUUCACGAUGAACAGCAGACCUUCAGCAAGGGAAGCCCUAAGAGGUUUGGCAUCUACAAGGCUGUCAGGACCGGUAGCGUCUGUAGCACCAGCUCGUGGAAUAUGGACGGGGAGGUUGGGGAACCCCCUGAUAUAGAUGUUAGGGUGCAUUGUCAGUUAAUCAAGGUGUUUGCCCAAGGGCCAGACAUGCCAGAUGGGGAAGAGUCGCUUCAACAAUGCUGCUUCUGUCAAACUCACAACUCGGAUCCCUAUGAAAUCUAUUCAACUCAGGACAAUAUCACCGUAGCUGAUGAGAGGCCAAUAUGAGUGACCACUAAGUGACCAAAGCGAGACUGAUAGGAUUGUACCAUCAAGUGAACGAUGCAAAUACCACUAGGAGUGACCUUCAUUUGAUAUUUAUGGAUGAGUGAUUAAUAAGUGACUGCGCGGAGGGACAAUCUGGAAGAUACCACUAAGUGACCACUGUGAUUAGCAUUGGGCUUGACUGCUAGGAGUAACCACUAGAGUGACCUUUAAUCGAUGUUUUCAAAUAAGUGAACACAAGGUGGCUGCAAGGAGUGACCAAUAGGAAGAUACUUCUGAGUGACUGCUGUGAUUAGCAUGAGGCUUGAACGCUAGGAGUGGCUAUUAAAGUGACUUUCAUUUGUAGAUGCUUGACCCCUAAAUUAAGUGACUGCCAGGAGUGACCAUGAGGAAGAUAUCACUAUUAGAGUGACCAGUGAUUAGCAUUGGCUUGACCACAGGAAGUGACUCAUACAGUGACCAUGAAGUGACCUUCAUGUCUUGUUAGAGGUGCACAAUUGCAGGUGUAAUUAUGAAGAGUCAACAAGUGGUAUGCACAGAUCUCUUUCGUACCCGUUAAAAGUUCUCCAUGAAAUAGAUACUGGUAUUGCAGCCGAGCAGUUUCCGCAAAUGAGUACCAAAGUUUGUAACAAGUUGUGUUUGUAUCAUUUUUUUUUUUACUUUUAUUCACAAAGACCAUUGACAUCUGUAUUAGUGUGCACUACACUGGCAUUAUGAUAAGAUCUAUUGGUCCAUAUUCUUAAGUCGGGUUUAAAGUUUAAGUAUGGAUAGCCAAUUGUUUCAUUAAUCACUAACGGCAGAGAUACCAUAUUUAAGCUCAUUUGGGCUCUCAAAUCAUUCAUAAUUGUCCAGGAUUUAUAAAUAGAUGAUUGUCUUCACCAUCGAUGAAUCAGGAAAGAG